GGGAAGAUAGAGAAAGAGAGAGAGAGACAGACAGAGAGAGGGAGAGAGAGAUUGAUUUACGCUCCAUUGACGCUUUAUCAGGCUCGAAGAAACAGUCCGGCCAAUCACUUUGCGCCUCACGCACAGACCCCGACAAACCCCCGCGCACCCAGUGCGAGGCUGAAGGCUGUAGCACUUUGUUUCGCUAUAGUGAGCAAGUUGUCUGAAAGGAAGGAGGCUAGAGAGGGAGAGAGAGGGAGGGAGAGAGAGAGAUAGAUAGAUAGAGAGAGAGAGAGAGAGAGAGAGAGAGAGAGAGAGAGAGAGAGAGAGAGGAAAGAAAAUCUCGUAAUGUCUCUCUUCUUGUUCUCCAUUUAGUGAACUCGCGGCGUUUCGCAGAUAAUGUCCGAGAAUGUCCAUUUCUGGGACUUUGAGCAACUAUUACGUGGACUCCAUCAUAAGUCACGAGAGCGAUGAACUCUCAACCCCGGCUCGUUUUCCCACCAGCGUCCAGUAUUCCGGCUCCAGCUCCGCCGCCGCAGCCGCUGGCGGGAGGCAACCCGGCGGCGCAGCGCACGGGGAGCAUCCCCAUCCCGAGUCGUACCCAUCCUGUAGCUUCCAGCCGAAACCUCCGGUCUUCUCAUCGUCCUGGAGCCCGUUCAGUCCGCACCACGGUGCCAGUGGUCUCCCUACUGUCUACCACCCUUACAUUCCAGCCCAGCACGUGCCCGCCGCGGACACACGGUACCUACGCUCAUGGCUGGACUGCGCGCCGCGCGGCUCCGAGUCUGUCCCGGGGCAGGGCCAGACGGGGCAGGUCAAGCUGGAGCCUCAGCUCGGUCAUCUCGGCGGGGAGAUCCCACCUAAAAUCGGCGGACAGCACCAGCACGAGACCACCACUUACAUCCUGGAGUCGACGUCCACGGCGGCGCGAGAGCUAAGCCACCAUCCGGCCGCCAUCCCGGGAGCAGGCUUCGAAGAAAAUAAGGACAUUUGUGAAGGGAGUGAGGACAAAGACGGCCUGGAUCAAAAUGACCCCUCGGCCAACUGGCUCCACGCGCGUUCCUCCAGGAAGAAGCGAUGCCCGUACACCAAAUACCAGACGCUCGAGCUGGAGAAGGAAUUCCUCUUCAACAUGUACCUCACGCGGGACCGGCGGCAUGAGGUUGCGCGCGCUCUCAACCUGACUGAGAGGCAGGUGAAGAUCUGGUUCCAGAACCGGAGGAUGAAAAUGAAGAAACAGAGCAAAGACCAACCCAAGGACUAACCGGACUCUCGCACAUACACAUUCAGACGCACAUGCACGCACGCUCACACCAUGUAUCCAACAUAAAGUCCCCGAUUUGUUAUAAUCUAGAACAAAAUGGCCUUCCCCAAAAAACUGCAAACACACACACACACACACACAUAUAUAUAUACACACACACACACACACACACACACACACACACACACACACACACACACACACAUACACGCACACACACGUACACGCACACACACACACGCACACAUCUGCUGUUUCCAAUUUGUUUUAACCUUCGGGCACUAACGUGAGCUUCAGUCUAAUCACACCAAUCUAUACAACUGAUCAAUGGCUUUAUUGAUCCCUAACAGACGCUGAGGACGCCGCCACGUUAACUCGGAAGUGAUAAGAAGGUCUGACGUUAGAGGAAGGUCGGAACUUUGGAAUCAUUUGAGUUUGUGGUCGCGAGGAAUGUUGGGUAAAAAACCCACAGACCAGCUUCUGGAUCUGCUCUCAUGAAACUGUUUGAAGAUGAACUGACAGCUCAUGUUCUUCCUUCAUGCUUUUAUAUUACGCUAUUAUUUAGGCUUUGAUAUUACGCUCCAUUAUGGAAGGGAAGAUGGCAGCAAACCGCCAUGGAAGACUGGUGUGUGAGUGUGUGUAUGGUGGGUCGGGGGGGCUUUUUUUCUCAAGCACUACUCUUCCUUUUAUUAGUUAUUUAUUGUUCCGUGGCUGACACCGGAGGCGCGCGGAGGUGCUGAAACCGGGGUUUCACUUGGCCAUUAAUAAGCACGAAGGGUGGAGGGUGAUGUACACACACACACACACACACACACACACACACACACACUGGUGCUCAUCCUCUUUUUUUCUUCUUCUCCUAUUUUCUAGUUUCUCUCAUUGCUGGCAGAAUUUGAUUAGAAAGCGCCUGAUCGUCGGCGUUGAUACAAGCAGCAAGCCGCCGUUUGUUUCCCGGUUGUCGGCCUAGUAAUGAGCAGAUACCGAAGAGGGAGGAGGGCAGGAGGGGGAGGAGGGUAGGGAAUGAUGGGGUGGCCGAGGGUGUUAACCCGACUCAGCAACCGGGGAUCCGAUUAGGCUGCUGUCGAUAUCUUGGAUCCCCGCCCUUCAGCUACCUCUCCCGAUGCUUUAUGAGCUACAGCGGCGGCUCAUCUGCGGCCUUUUAUCGGCUAUCGAUAGUCGUCCCCUCCGCGCCACAUGAGCCUGGAGUUAACAGGGUUUAUCUGAGAGGAGACACAGCAAAAAGCACCAGAUUUCUCUUUCAAAAAAAAAAUUAUAUUCAAUUUUUUUUUAAAUAAGAAAUACAGUUUUGUGUGAACCCACGUCCCCGGUGAAGUCGGCCGUGAUCUGCUUUGACUCUCCAGACGAUGAAGAUAGUUCUGGUUUCUUCUACUAAAAUCCUGACCCUGCAUGCUUUCACUCUGUAGCAGCAUUAAAGAUGAAUUAGACUGGCCUAAACUAAUUAUGAAGAUGUAAACAUGCUUAUUUCAGAUUCUAGUGCGCACAAAGUCCAUGCGCGCACGCAGCGUUCUCCUGCGCCAAACAUCUCCAUCUCCUCCGCCACCAUCUCCCACUCUUUAUUUAACGUUCUUCUUAUUUUGCAUUUCAAGAAAGAAUCUGCUCUAUUUUUAUACAUACAGUAUGUUGUGUAUUAUCUGCUAUGCAAGGCUGGUUUCUCUCUCAUUUCAGGAAAUAGACUGACAGUGGUUGCGACCUGGGAGUGAAGACAUAGCGCUCACACGUUUAUUCACAGUAUCUGUUGAGUUUUAUUUCCCUGAAAAUAUAAUUCCUAGAGGUUCUAUAUACGCUCAUAUCAACAAACAUAGCCCAACAGAACACUUUGAGAUUUAUCCCCGCGUGAAAAAAAACGCCUCCGCAAAUGUGUCUACAUUUAAUAGCUCGGAGUAUUGUCUGGUUAGACUUCAGUUUAUGCAGAGUUUUAUGGAUCUGAGUGUUAAAAUAUGAAGAGGACGUGUUUGGGAGGCAGGUCUGCUACUUUGGCGUUAUUUGAAGUGUCGGGCGUAGUUAAAUGGCGUCCGACGGCAGUUUUAUGGACGGAUCAUAAACAACACAUAGGCUUUACAACGUUUACAACAGUGUGUGUGUGUGUGUGUGUGUGUGUGUGUGUGUGUGUGUGUGUGUGUGUGUGUGUGUGUGUGUGUGUGGUGUUAGGAUGUAGCGGCUUGCAGAUCACAGGCUGCUUGUGUACCAACAUUGUAAAGAUUAGUCACGUAUAUAGGCCUACAGAGUUUACGCACACUUGCGUGGAUUUCUUUUGCCUCCAUUUUUUUUCUUCUCAUUUCACACAGAACUGAACGGGUGUACAACCAGACUUUGUUUUUUUUUUGUAAAAAAUUUUGUUUGUUUUAUUUUGCAAAGUCUUAAAAGAGACAUUUUCUCGACAAGCAGCAUCAAAUCCUCUAUCUACGAGUAAAAAUGUUUACAUGGUUUGCGCAUGCCUCGAGUCAUUUUCGUCAUUCGAAGUCGUCGUUUAGCUCUUUGUGUGUUCUAUCUGUCGGAGGGGAAUGCUUACAGAAGAAGAAUUAAAAACAGACUAAAUAGAAGUUUCUUGAUAGGAAAUAUUUCUAAUUUAUUGUAUAUAAAGUGAGUAACCUCGUCUUUUUUUUCUUAUUGGAAUGAGUUCAAUAUGCUGAUUAUUGUUUUGUCUUAUUGGAACAUGGCAUCUUACUGUAAUAUAGAUGAUUUUCCUCUUUUUGUCUGUCAUGUUCUUUACAUUCUGUUCUCCAUGUUGUUGUGCCGACUGUCUGAAUGAUCUGUUCUCACGUCAGUCCGAUGAGCUCUUCUAUGAUUUGUUUUAAAUGGUGAGAGGUGAUGAGUAUUGGGACAGAGAGGACGAAGAGGUUUGACUCAAAAGACUUUUUCUAUUUACUUCCUGCCCUUUCUAUGACUUUCCCCCCGCGCCCUGUCCCAGUAUUUACUCUCCUGACUGGGGGAACAAAGUUUCUGGAGUGUUUGCAGUUGAUAAAUGUGGACAUGUCAUUUUAUUUUCCCUCUGCUUUUUUUUUUUUUUUUUUUUUUUUUUUUUUUUUUUAAUGAGACAAAUCUAAGCCAUGUGGCCACAGUAAAGGCUUUAUUAACGAGCAGGCGAACUCCAGUCACUCUGAUCCUCUCCUCCAUGUGAAAUGUUCCCUUCUUGUAUGUUUAUUCCUUCUCUUUCUCUGUGUUGUUGUCUCUUUGUUUCGUUGUGCGAUGGCACUGCUGAUGCUGGAUUCCUAUUAAAGAGACUUUACAGUACGA